AGCCGGAAGUGGCCGGAGGCGACGUGUGCGGAGCGGAGCGGAGCUGGGGCGGAAUGGAGGGGCUGUACCAGCAAACCAACAAGCAGGUCCAUGAGGUCCAGUCUUACAUGGGGCGCCUGGAGACUUCAGACAAAGAGUCAGUGCACUUGGUAGAAAAUGAGAUUCAGGCAAGAAUAGACAACAUAUUCAGCAACUUGGAACGUCUGGAAAUCCUGUCCAGCAAAGAACCUCCCAACAAGCGGCAGAAUGCCAAACUGCGAGUUGACCAGCUGAAAUACGAUGUGCAGCACCUGCAGACAGCCCUGAGGAACUUCCAGCACCGCCGGUACCUGCGGGAGCAGCAGGAGCGGCAGCGGGAGGAGCUGCUGGCUCGCACCUUCACCACCAACGACUCUGACACCACCAUCCCGAUCGACGAAACCUUGCAGUUUAAUGAAUCCCUGCAGAGUGCCCACCGUGGCAUGGAUGAGCUUAUUGGCAGUGGCACCAACAUCCUGCAGGGCCUGAGGGACCAGAGAGUCACAUUAAAGGGCACUCACAAGAAGAUCCUGGACGUUGCCAACAUGCUGGGCCUGUCCAACACGGUGAUGCGGCUGAUUGAGAAACGCGCCUUCCAGGACAAGUUCCUCAUGCUGGGGGGGAUGGCCGUGACCUGCCUCAUCAUGUUCCUCGUCGUGCAGUACCUGACAUGAGCUGCUGAACUCCUGCAAGAGGAGUGUCUCCAGGACUGACUUUCCUCUGGGUGCUGCUUUGGAUGAGCCCUUCCCGUGGACUUCAGAGUUUACAAAUCCCACUCGGACAGUGUCACGUGGAAAGCACGUCGGGAAAUGGAUGUGUCCGGGGAUGCUGUGCUUGAGAAUGGCCCUGUGAAAAUAACCCCUGGCCUUUACUGCUCUCACCUCAAGCCUGCAGGUUGAACAGUCUGGUUAAUAGGAAGCAGAAGUGAACAUUGUGCCCAGUUGUAGCAAGGCAGGAAUGUCCCUUUGGGCACACAGGGAUGGGAGGAUGCAAAGGCACAGCAUAGGAUGCAGCGAGUCAUUCCUGUGCUGGCCAGCACUGACCUGACCCCUGCACUUCGCACAGAGAAUUUCACAGUGUUCAUGGGCCUGAGUUCAGCCUGUGGGACUGAGUGUGCAAAAAGAGUUGGGAGGUGAAGGGCUCCCAUCUGCGGUUCCAUUUGCUUGGAGGAGGAGGAUGUGUGGGGAAGAGUCUUAGAGCACGGUUAUAACCUCAGUUAACUUCACACACAGUAUUAACCAGCACAGAUCUCUCUGGUUUAGGCUGAAAUGCUGCUCUGCUCAUCUGAGGGAUGUUCUGGUACCUCUCUCUGCCCUGCUGCUUCCCAGGGGAUGCCGAGUGCUGUGCUCCCUCCUGCUUCCACUGGGAUGCACAUCAGGCCUGUGGCAUCUCCCUGGGUCUCCUGCCAAAUCCAGCCUCCUAAACUGACAUUUCUAAUGCUGAAGCACAGAGAUUUGGGGAGCUGCGUUCAUUUCCUGAGGUGCUGGUUGGGUUUGGGGCUCUGGAGCUGGAACUUACGUGGAUAGAGCAGGUGAGUCCCCCUGUACUGCCUGGAGGUGUGGGAUUGUUCACAGAGCUGGAACAGGUUCUUCACACCGGAGGAAUGGUGGGAUCAGCACAACAGGCCUGGCACUGAAAAUCAGCUUGGUAUGGGGAGUUCCCUCAAGUUUGUGCCUUGGGAUGGUGAUGUCCCCAUCCUUGGGAAGGGUGUUCCCUGUGGUACCCUUUGCACCUGUGGAGUUACUGUGAAAGACACUGGGACAUGUCACCUGCCGGGGGUGGUGCUGGCUGGGACUCGUCUCCUUGGGGUCAUUCCCUGUCUCAGUGAAACACUGGAGCUGUGAGAUCCUUGUCUCAAUCCAGCACUGCUUUCCCUGCAGACUGGGCAUGUCUGACAGAGGGGCCAUCCUGGGAUUUUGGGCAUCAUCCAUUUCUGUCACCCUACAGAGCCAUUCCCAUCCCAAUGUGCAGCAAGUCUGGAGCAUUCCCUGAUGUCUGACAGUGGCCCAGAUGUGUCAUAUCCAGAUGAUGUGGCCUCAUGCUGGCAAUUCCUUCCUUGUUUUCUGUCUGGAAUGGUUGUGGGUCUCUGGAUUAGUAACUAAUCACAAGUUCUGCAUUCUGUCCUCACUGCACUGAGCUUUGCUUUCAUUAUGUGGCUUGUUGCAAACUGGGAGAAAGGGUUUUAAUAACUGAAAG